AUGGCCUACUCCUCCUCUCCCUGCGUGCUUGUUCUUCUCCUUCUUCUUCCCUUCUCCCUCUCUGCCUUUGUUGCCACCGCAGAGAGCCAUGAAUACACUCCACCCCCAGAGAAGAUGACGCACCUCCACUUCUACUUCCACGAGAAAUACACCAGCCCGGAGGCGACCGCGGUCCUCGUCGCGGUCCCUCCCGGCACGAACGCCACCUUCGACACCUUCGGGGCGCUCAUCGUCAUCGACGACGUGCUGAGGGAGGGCCCCGAGGAGAGCUCCAAGCUCAUCGGGAGGGCGCAGGGGUUGGCGGCGCAGGCCUCCCUGGAGGGCACGCAGAUACUGACGGCCGUCAACUUCGUGUUCACGGAGGGGGAGUACAACGGGAGCACGGUGGCGAUCCUGGGCCGGAUUGUCCCCACCGUAUCGCCGACCGAGCGGGCCAUCGUCGGAGGGUCGGGCAAGUUCCGGAUGGCGCGGGGGUACACGGUGGGCAACACCUACAGCUUCAGCGGGGGCUACUUCAUCUUGGAGCUCGAUGCUUAUAUCAUCCAUUACUGA